AUGGUCGAACAUCAACAUCAUCAUCUCGCCGCCCAGCAUAUGGGACAAUCACCACUCGACACCCUCGCGCAUACAUCACAAUACACAGCUCUACAAUUUCACCAGAACCGGCAUGUAUUACCCAACGGGAAAGCUAUCGUCAAGCCUCAUCGGUUGCCGUACGCCAGCGGUCCUAUAGCGCCUCGACACCAGCGAGAGAUGCUCCACGAACGAUCAGGACGAGAAUUUGGAUUGACUUGCGAGUACAUCCGUGAGCGCAAGAAACGCGGAAAAGCAUCGCGGAAGGAUCUUGCUCAGCAGCAAGCUGCUACCGCCGCAGCGGGGACUGGCGCGCCCAAAUCUGAGGACUCCAGCACCUCACAAUCCUCGGAUAAAGCUGCUGAGUCUAUCCACGGUAGUAGUCCUAAACUUCCUGAAGGUCAAAGAUCUCUUCCAGAGCUGUCCGGUCGAUCGGCCAGUAUCGCGACAACAAGGCCCGAGAUGGAUACCGCGCCAAUGUACCAGAACAGGACGAUGAGCAUGGGCGCAAUUGACGGUUUGCCAGAAGCCGAGAUGCAUCAUCAUAUGACCGAGAGCAUGCAAUCUAUACAUCCUAUGCAACCGCCCCGGAUCCAGACUGAAGGUCUGCCCAUGCACAAUCCGAUGCCUGAGUACACGUCUAUGGAGGAGUAUCACCGGAACCUUAGCUACCAGUCACCACUCCAAAUGAUGCAGCCCGGAAUGCAUCCUGUCUUACCUUCUCAUGGUCAUGGAAUCGAAUAUUCUGACAGCCCCUACAGCAUGAUGAGCCCGCAAAGCGCGCACACACAAGCACCAACGAAUACCUUCAGGAUGCCUGAAGAGGCAUCCAAUAUGGGUUACAUGGCUCAGUCCCCAGUUGAUGGAUCUCCAGGUUGGAUGCUACCUUCACCUUCCGCAACGAUGUACUCGGGCGCACAACAUCAAAACCCUUCUCAGCAAUUGAGAUACCCUGUUUUGCAGCCGUUAGUACCACAUCUCGCAAACGUCAUGCCGAUCUCAUUAGCCUGCGACUUACUUGAGCUCUACUUCCAGAGUUCAUCAACCGCCUUCAUGCAACCAGUCUCCCCUUACGUACUAGGCUACGUCUUCCGAAAACGAUCUUUUCUCCGAUCCAACAGCCCCCGUGUGUGCAGUCCAGCACUGCUAGCAAGUAUGCUGUGGAUUGGCUGCUUGACAAGCGAGUCCCCAUACUUAUCUUCAUCUCCAUCUGCGCGAAGCCAGUUAUCGGAGAAGCUUAUCAAUCUUGCCAUCAGUCUUUUGAAGCCUCUUGUGCAUCAAACACCGGGUGGUCCCGACGCUAGCCCCACGGCAUUUAACGGUAGUGGUGUGGUCAACGGUGUCACCAUGGGUGGCUUCGGUAUGCCUGCACAGGACUCUGAUAUUGGUAUACCGGGAGCACCAGGGGGUCUUGAUGAUGUAGCGACUUAUAUGCACUUGGCCAUAGUCAUUUCGGCCAGCGAAUACAAGGCUGCAUCACUGCGCUGGUGGAACGCGGCUUGGUCACUGGCCAGGGAACUUAAACUGGGCAAGGAAGUGCCGGUCACACCACCUCCCGAGCCAAACAGCGAAGAUGCAUCGGGAGACCUCGACGCGGAACACAUGGGCGCAGGGUACCCGACCAGUCAACACACCCCCGGGGACUUUACAGAGGAGCAAAGAGAAGAGCGCAGACGUAUAUGGUGGCUGCUGUUCACUGUUGAUCGCCACCUAGCGCUAUGCUACAACAGACCUUUGUCUUUAUUAGACGUCGAAUGUUCGGGCCUUCUGCAGCCACUUGACGAUAACGUAUGGCAAUCUGGCGAAUUCUUCGAGGACUCCGCUCAAUCGUUUGCAGAUUCCAAAUUUCGCAGACGAGGGCCUGCCUUUGAGUGCACCGGACACUCCAUUUUCGGAUUUUUCCUUCCUUUGAUGACCAUCCUUGGGGAAAUUACCGACUUAUACCAUGCUCGCAACCAUCCCCGCUUUGGAACGAAGACCGACUGGGAUCACCACGCGCUUGAGAUCAGCCAGCAGCUUGUGGUUUACGGACAUUCACUACAAGAGCUACGAAAUCGCGCAGUGAACGAAGCCAACGCGGAACAUGAGCCAGCGCAUCCUGGCACACCAUCUGGCCGAUCCGUCAACUCUACCAUGUCCAGAGCGCAAGAGUCACUGAUGCAUGCUAAGAUCGUGGAGGCCUACGGUACACAUCUUAUGCACACGCUUCACAUCUUGCUUAAUGGUAAAUGGGAUCCCAUCUCGCUCCUUGAUGACAACGACCUCUGGAUAUCCUCGCAAAGUUUCGUCGAUGCCACUGGCCAUGCAGUAUCAGCCGCCGAAGCGUUGAACGAAAUACUGGAAUAUGAUCCGGAUCUGAGCUUCAUGCCGUUCUUUUUCGGCAUCUACCUUCUGCAGGGAAGCUUUCUGCUGCUUCUGAUAGCCGACAAACUGCAAGGAGAGGCAAGCCCAAACAUCGUGCGAGCAUGCGAAGUUAUCGUACGUGCGCAUGAAGCAUGCAUCGUCACCCUCAAUACCGAAUACCAACGAAAUUUCCGUAAAGUCAUGCGCUCUGCUCUGCAGCAAGUGCGCGGUCGCGGCAUGGAUGAACAUGCGGAACUUGCGCAGCAGCGUCGGCGCGAGAUGUUGAGCCUCUACCGCUGGAGCGGCGACGGCACCGGACUCGCACUCUAA